AUAAUCACAUCCAUAAGCGUCAUAUUUUUAUACUCCUUCGUCAUCUGCACCAUCGGCCUAAUCAUACACCACACACACCUACUCUCAACACUACUAUGUCUUGAGGGUAUGAUACUGUCAAUUUUCAUGGCCUUGACAAUAUCAGCGCUCAGUUCAAACACCUCCUCAUUCAUCCUGCCACUAACAAUUCUAACCCUUUCUGCCUGUGAAGCAGGCGUCGGCCUGGCCCUACUGGUUGCCUCUGCUCGAACACAUAACACAGCAAACCUUAAAAACCUAAACCUCCUCCAAUGCUAA